AUGUCCAGGGGAUACAAGCACCCUAUCGUCGGAUAUUUCCACAGAGUGCAUAUUAGGAGGAGGGACAAGUACAUUGAGGCAGCCCGUCACGAUGUCCAAGAGUACAUGGUCCACGUGGAAGAUUACUACGCCAAGCUUUCCCUUACAACACACGUCGAAAAGAAGAGGGUGUUUGUGGCGACGGACGAUCUCCGUGUCGUCGACGAGAUCCGGGAAAAAUAUCCUCAGUACAAGGUGAUCAACAACGAGGUGGCUUCCCGCCAGGCAAGUACCAGGAACACCAGCCGAAACAACUCCGCGCUCUUCGGUGUAAUGCUCGACAUCACUCUGCUGGCCGAGUCGGACUUUCUAGUCUGCACAUUGUCCUCUGGGUUUUGCCGGGUAGCCUACGAGCUGAUGCAAACUCGACAUCCCGAUGCCUCGCUGAGGGUGACUUCUCUGGACGUGGAGUACUUCUACGCAUACAAGUCCUUCCCACCGAUGAAGGCGCUGUACGGCAACCGACCGGCGUCAGGGAACGAACUUGGCUGGCCAGGGGCCGGCGUGCUGAUCAAGAGACCCGGGAACGGCUGGGCCCUCGAUGAGGCGUUGUUCAAGAAGUACAACGACGGUUUCAAUUCGGGUCGCCUAUUGAGCGCCUCCAGGAUAAGCAAAUCCAAACAGUAUCCGAGGUUCAAAACCACGCAGACGUACCUUGUUAGAAAUUUCAAGGCUUUUACCGCGCCCUUACGUUAA